AUGAAGUUUAAUCCGGGCAAGUGUGAGGGGUUACAUUUUGUGAGGUCAGACGUAAAGGGGACGGGACACCGUCAACGGCAGGACCCUUUAACGGUGUCGGUGUACAGAGGGGAUCCUGGGGUCCGAGUCCACAGCUCUCCUGAAAGCGGCCGCACAGGUCGACAGGGCGACGCUCCCUUCCGCUGCCCACGCGGAAGCAGCGCGGUGGGGGCCGAGGGGCCGCGCGGCAGCGGGAGGACGAGCGGCGCUGGCAGCCGAGUUGAAACCCCACCCUUCCCGGCGGACGACGCGUCUCCGGAAGGGAACGAGCCGGCGAUGGAGGCGAGUGAGGGAAGCCCGCGGGCCGAGGAGCAGACGGAUGGACGGUUCCCGCGUGUGAACGGCCGGCUGCCGGACACACAGCCCCUGGCGGAGGUGGGGGAGGAGGACGAGGAGGAGGCAGAGGCAGAGGGGAAGUGGGCAGUGUGCAGCUACUUGGAGAAACACAGGAGGUUCUUCUGGCUGGCGGUCUUCAGCACGAUCUUCGGCUGCUCGUGCGUGGGGAUGUACGCGCUCAUCAAUGCCGUGAGGGCAGAGGAACGGGCGGCGCGAGGGGACACGGCGGGAGCGCGGAGCUGCCGGCGGAGGGCGGUGAAGUUCGGGCUGCUGAGCUUGGCGGUGCUGGUGGUCAGUGUGCUGCUGUGGCUUCUCUUCGUGGUGCUGGUGUCCUACCUGGUGCGGUUGGCCGAGUGACCCCGACUGAGGGGAGGGGCAGGGCGAUCUGUCCCCGUCCCGGGACACAGCGUGUCCACCGUUACCAACUCGGCGGUCACUGACUGAGCCAAUGCCAGGGACUGUCGGUGUUCCGGGGUGACUGUUACAAUGGAGAGGGUGGGGGCAUCACUGCAGUUAUUUAUACGUUAUUUAUCUCACUGCUUGCAAAUGAAGGAACAGGUCAAAUAAAAACUAUCUUUGCAGCCA